GAACUUGCUGUUUCUCUCUCUCUCUUGUUCUUAUCCAUCGCAUUGAAAAGCAGCACCAUCACCACACCACACCACACCUUGUUUUCAUAAAUAUGGGACUCUCAGCCUCAGCCUCAGCCAUGUCCACCAUCUUCCCUUCUUCUAUCAGUUGACUCUUCCACCUCUAUUCAUUAGGAUGGAGCCUAUGGACAUAGUUGGAAAGGCCAAGGAAGACGCUUCGCUUCCUAAAGCAACAAUGACGAAAAUUAUUAAGGAGAUGUUGCCCCCGGACGUGCGUGUUGCCAGAGAUGCGCAGGAUUUGUUGAUCGAAUGUUGUGUCGAGUUUAUAAACCUUGUCUCAUCUGAGUCCAAUGAAGUCUGUAACAAAGAGGAAAGAAGGACGAUUGCACCAGAGCACGUGUUGAAGGCUUUAGGGGUUCUUGGAUUUGGUGACUACAUCGAGGAAGUUUAUGCAGCAUAUGAACAACACAAGCUGGAGACAAUGCAAGACUCUUUGAAAGGUGCCAAGUGGAGCAACAGGGCUGAGAUGACAGAGGAAGAAGCAUUGGCUGAGCAGCAAAGGAUGUUUGCAGAGGCACGUGCUAGAAUGAAUGGAGGAGCCAUUACUUCCAAGCAGCCUGACGCUGACCAAAGUUUAGAGAGCUAACUUAGGACCUUUAUUUUCUUAAAGCAUAGGCAAGCAUCUCCCGACUCUGUCCUAUGCGUUGAUUAGCUCGAUUUUGCACAAAUACCCAUUCACUAGUUUGAUGGUCUACGUGAAUGUGCUCGACAUUUGUGUUCUUUUUAGUAAUCCAUAUUUGUAAGUUAAUGAUGUAAUUAUUGGAGUUCGUCUAAACCUUCGUUUAUUUAGAAUUACAUGUAAAUUAUUUCAUUUA